AUGCACCAUCCCAAAACACUUCAAUACACUUCUAAUAUACCGAGCGGGGCCAGAGGAGGGCGAGCGGGGAGAGGCGGGAUGGCGGUGGGGAUGCACAAGGCGGCCCCCUCUAGCGACCCCGUCCCACCCCGCUGUCGCGCCCUACCUCGAACCCUGCCGCGCCCUGCCGCGCGCUUGACUUCGCGCCCUGCCGCCGUGUCUGCCGUAGCGCCUGCCUCGUUCCUACCGUCGUGCGCCCACCGUCGCGCCAUGCCACAGCGCCUGCCGCGCAUGCUGGCCGCGCCUGCCGACCGUGCUCGCCGCCGCGCCUGCCUCAUGCCUGCCGCCGUGCCUGCCGUGCGCCUGCCGACCGCGCCUGCUGUCGCGCCUGCCGUCACGCCUGCAGCUGCUGCCUAA